CUCUCCCUUCACCAGUCACUCCUAUUUCUGUAGUAACUACUCCUAUAUACUAACAGUCUCCGCUCUCCUCGCCCACACUUUCUCUCUCUACCCUGCCUUUGCUAAUUGCUACUUAUAUUUCUACUGCUCCCUCACCAGCCUCGUUACUUAAUACUACUAAUACUGAUUUUUUUUUUUCGCUCUUUACUCAUUACUCAAAUUUACUAAGUACUAUUUAUAGUGCUCCUUCUCCAUCUGUGACUUGCUCUGAGAUUAUCGUCAUCAACAGGUCAAACCAGUCCUCCUCCCCCACCGCAAUGGCUGCUUCCCUCCUUGAAUCUGGUUGGACGUAUUUGAUUACUCACUUCAGUGACUUUCAGCUGGCCUGUCUUGGAAGUUUCUUUCUUCAUGAAAGUGUCUUCUUCUUGUCUGGCCUUCCUUGCAUUUAUCUUGAAAGGGCUGGAUGGCUAAGCAAGUAUAAAAUUCAGACAAAAAAUAACACCCCUGCUGCUCAGGAGAAAUGUAUCAGUCGUCUGCUGCUGUACCAUUUUUGUGUCAACCUGCCAGUGAUGGUUUUCUCCUAUCCUGUCUUCAGAUACAUGGGGAUGAGAAGUAGCCUUCCAUUGCCGUCCUGGAAAGUAAUCUCAACACAGAUUUUGUUCUACUUCAUUCUGGAGGAUUUUGUAUUCUACUGGGGACAUAGAAUUUUACAUACUAAGUGGCUCUACAAACAUGUCCACAGUGUUCAUCACGAGUAUGCAACACCAUUUGGACUGACCUCUGAAUAUGCUCACCCUGCUGAAAUUUUGUUCCUUGGGUUUGCUACAAUAAUUGGUCCUGCCAUCACUGGGCCCCAUUUGAUUACACUCUGGCUGUGGAUGAUGCUUAGAGUCCUUGAGACCGUCGAGGCGCAUUGUGGUUAUCAUUUUCCAUGGAGUCUCUCAAAUUUCUUACCCUUAUAUGGGGGUGCUGAUUUUCAUGAUUAUCAUCAUCGACUGCUCUAUACAAAGUCUGGCAACUACUCAUCAACCUUUGUUUACAUGGACUGGAUAUUUGGCACUGACAAAGGUUACAGAAAAUUGAAGGCAUUGAAGAGCUAUGGAGAUGAAGCUGCUGGCAAAGAUAUAUGAUAGGAAUAGAAAAAAGGAAACCAUUUUGACUGCUUUGGAAUCUGAUGAUGAAAUCUUGAGCUGAAAGCAUCUGGGCUAAGCUCUUGUUUGGUUUCUGAGCAUCUUUUGUUGCACCUGCUUCUGUUCUAUUGCCGUUUAGGUUUAAAAUGUGUAUUAGUGUGGCUGUAGUCCAAAGUAUGUUUUGGAUUGCUAAUCCUGCUAUCCGCCCCAUGAAUGAAGCUCCACCUCUCGGAUUUGUGGUGUUCCUGCUUUGGAUUUCCUCACCUCAUGUUUUGGGAACAUAAUGUGGUUAAUUAGUCAAAGUUUAUGAAUACCAUACAACUUCCCGGGGAACUUUGUGCUCUGACAGUCUGACUGCUUACAUCCUGAAGUAUAGAAACCAUUUGUUUUGGCUCCAA